AUGGCACCGUUUGAGACUCUCUAUGGACGAAAGUGUCGUUCACCUAUAUAUUGGGAUGAAGUAGGGGAAAAGAAGGUCUUGGACCCAACAGUCAUUCCAUGGAUGGAGGAUGCUCAAGAAAAGGUUAAGUUGAUAUGUCAGAGACUCCAAACAGCUCAAAGUCACCAAAAGAGCUACGCGGACAACCGAAGGAAACAUUUGGAGUUUGAAAUUGGAGACCGUGUUUUCCUUAAAAUUACACCACUACGAAGCGUUACAAUGGGUAAAGGAAAGAAACUUCAACCAAGAUUCGUAGGACCUUUCACGAUUCUCCAACGAGUUGGGAAAGUGGCGUACCGACUCAAAUUACCACCGAGUUUAUCCCGAAUUCAUGACGUCUUUCAUGUGUCGAUGCUUAAAAAGUACUAUCCUGACCCAACACAUAUUGUGCAACCGGAGCAGAUUGAGGUGGAUGAAGCCCUUACCUAUGAGGAGAAACCUGUGCGUUUACUGGAUCGAAAGGCUAAGGAGCUGAGAAAUAAACAGAUUCCAUUAGUGAAAAUCCUGUGGAAGAACCACAGGGUAGAAGAAGCGACCUGGGAGAUGGAGGAGGAGAUGCAAAAGAAAUACCCUGAGCUUUUUUAUAACCCAGGUCGUGCCAGUGAUCCGGGGCCUACGUCUGAAGCAAACUUGUGA